CAACAUAUUAAAAAUAAUGAAACGUUCUAAGUACUUUAUUUUUCAUAACUCACUCUCCUAUUUAGACAAUCCAAAGGAGAUUUAGAGCAUUAAAGUAGAUUUCCUCUGACAACACAAUAAAUGUAUUGAGUAAAUAAAAACAAAGAAAAGAAAAUAAACUAAGACAAUCUUUAAGGAGAGUGAACAAGUGGACCUGAAGUGAUCUCUCAUUAAAGUCAUUACCCUUUUUGGUUAGAGAAGUUUACAUCCAAAACAUCCCAAAAGGGUAAUGAAAGUUUUUGACAGGUCAUUUCUUACAAUGAAGAUAUGGCCAAGCAGGCUCUAUUCAGGCCAAGAGUGGAUUACUACUCAUUUAAGAAGAGAGAAUCGUCCGCCAAAGUUCAUAGGAUUAGUUACUUUUCAGCAAAGAUCUUACCUGUUUGUACGGGUCUACUCCUUAGAUCAUUUUCUAUAUACUUUAUGAUUUUCCUAAGGUUAGGUGAGUGUGUUAUAAACCAGAACACAGAAAAUAUUUGACACACAAAACCAGGUUUUUGCCCUUAAUUAGAAUAGAAAACCAGGCUCUCUCUCUCUCUCUCUAUAAAUAUAUAUACACACACACACACACAUUCAUAUAUGCAUAGUUGUUAUGAAUUUACUCUAAGACUAUGUAGUCCUUUUUCAUUUCUGCUACAUUUUAUUGUGUGAUUAGGGAUACGAGUUAUUUCAAGUCAUUUUGCAUACAGAUUACAUGGACCUGAGCAAAGAUCCUAAUAGAAAACUGGAAAUGGCUGCAAUCAUGGUUCCAGGAAAGCAGGAAUCCUUGAUUUCUUCAAUGGGAAGAAAGCAUGCGCCCAAUCGGCAUACAUUUUACCAAACUCAAAGGCUUGAAGCAUUUUUUGAGGAGUGUCAACAUCCAACUGAAAGACAUCGACAUCAAUUAGGAAAGGAACUAGGACUUACCCCCACACAGAUCAAGUUUUGGUUUCAAAAUAAGAGGACUCUAGUGAAGGCACAAAACGCGAGAGAAGAAGGCAAUGCUCUUCGGGAAGAGAACGAAAGGCUAAAAAUGGAGAACUUUGAGACUAGAGAGAUGCUAAAGGAUGAGUAUUGCUCUAGAUGUAAAGGUAUUAGCAACGAAGUGAGUGACCACAUUCUAGAACUACUACAGAUAGAAAAGUCCCAAUUAAUUGACAAGUAUGAACGACUAAGCAACCUCCUCAACUCCAUGGGUAUUUCGGCUUCAAAACGCUUUUCACUACCCCAUUCCCCUGGGUCAUCAUCAGAUCCACAAGAAAAUUUUAUGGGACAAAGGAUAGGAGGUAUUUCACUUCAUCAAGACCUUGACUCAACAAACCAUAAUGAUCACAUACAACUCUACCGAGAAAAGCAGCUCGAACACUCUGACAUGUCGCACAUGGCUUUGACUAUUUCAAAAGCUACUAAUGAAUUGUCAACACUCUUGGUCAAUGAAUCGUUGUGGAUAAAAGAUCCCACAAACCAGAGAUAUGUAAUUCACUGCAAGAACUAUGAAAAGACCUUCACAAGGAUUAAUCACCUCAAAAGUUCACAUGUGAGAUUUGAGUCGUCAAAAGUGAAGGGUCUUGUCAGAAUGAAUGCAACACAGUUGGUUGAAAUGUUACUUGAUUCGACUAAAAGGCAGGAUAUUUUUCCUACAAUCAUCACAAAGGCAACGACACUUCAAGAAAUUACAGCUCGAACACCGGGAAACCCUACUGGUUCAUUCCAUCUGGAAUAUGAACAAAUGCAUAUACUUUCGCCUUUUGUGGCACCUCGAGAUUUCUACUUCCUUCGCUAUUGUCAUCAAAUCGGUGAAGGUGAAUGGAUGAUAGUAGAGGUAUCAUAUGACAUCUUCCAUGGAAGCCGAGAAAGGGACUGCCAUUCCCACUCUUGGAGGCUACCUUCUGGGUGCAUAGUGAGAGACUUGUCGAAUGGGUGCUCAAUGAUCACUUGGGUGGAACAUGUUGAAGUCAAUGACAAGGCCCUAACUCAUCAACUUUAUAGAGAUUUCAUAUCUUGCGGUCUGGCAUAUGGAGCAGAGAGAUGGCUUCUCACUCUUCAGAGAAUGUGUGAAAGAUUUUAUUACAAUAUGAUAGAAAGUCAUGAUCUUGGAGAGGUAAUCUAUUCGCAUGAAGGUAGAAGAAGCAUAAUGACCCUUUCACACAGGAUGGUCAAGAAUUUGUGCACAAACUUAGGGAUGAAAAAUAAACUGGACAUACCUCAUCUCCCUGAAAACAAGAAUAUUGAAAUCCGAUUCUCCGUUUUCACAAGCACCGUAGGAGGAAAAACUGAUGGCUUGAUUGUCAAUGCCGCUACCUCCAUUUGGCUACCACUUUCAUGUCCAUCUGUCUUUGAAUUUUUAAGAGACGAAAAAAUGAGAGCUCAGUGGGACAUUCUUGCUAAAGGGAUUUCGUUCCAAGAGAUUGCAAAAAUGUCAUACGGAGAUCAUAAAGGAAAUCGCAUAUCUAUCAUCCAGCCUGUUAUUUCCUCUGGGAACAAUAUCCUGGUGCUUCAAGAGAGCAGUAUCGAUCAUUUGGGAGCAAUAGUAGCCUAUGCCCCGGUCGACAUAGCAUCCUUAGACAUAGCAGUGAAUGGACAAGACUCUUCCUACAUACCGCUAGUUCCAUCAGGGUUCGUAAUAUCCAGUGAUGGCCAUCCAGGCACCACAACUGGUGCAUCUACUAGCACCACUACAAACCCUGAAGGUUCGCUUCUCACCAUAGUUUUCCAGAUACAGGAUUGCGAUGCCUCUUCUCCAAAGCACGUGAGCAUGGAGAUGGUGGCCAGUGUCCAUGCUCUUAUUAGCUCUACCGUGCGGAGUAUAAAGUCAGCUUUGAACUGCACCAGUUUGGCUUAACCUCUUCGUGGUGGAUGGAUUUGUGUUUCUAUAAUUCGCCAUAGAUUUGUGCUCUUCUUUCUUUUUUUGAGCUAAUUGUCUGAAUUUGGGAUUUCAUAAAAUGAUGUCAACUACUGGGACGUCAA